AAAAGAAUGAAUUUGUCAGCGUUUGCGGACCUCUGGGUCAUGGCAUUGACGUCGUCGAGAUAAACCUCAGCCAGCCAGUGGCCUCCCAAGGCCCGUUUAAUGUCAUCGUGCACAAACUCUCUGAUGUCAUUGUGGAGGCUAAACAUGACAGCCAAUCGGAACAACUCCUCAGCAAUUUCCAGAGUUACAUCUCAGCACAUCCUCAGACAGUAUUGCUGGACCCACUGCCAGCCAUGACCCAGUUACUGGACCGCUUCGUCUCCUACCGCAUCAUGAGCCAGUUACAGACCACACUGAAAGGAAGAAGCAUCUGCUGUCCUCCUUACCUGGAGAUCAACACCAGGGACCCUUCAGUGAUACAGUCCGCUGUUCGGAGCAGACAGCUAAGCUACCCUCUGAUCUGCAAGACCAGAGUAGCCCAUGGAUCUCGUUCCCAUGAGAUGUCUCUGAUCUUCAGUAAGGCUGGGUUGUGUGAUGUCCAUCCACCCUGUGUACUUCAAAGCUUUGUGAACCAUGGAGCGGUGUUGCACAAGGUGUUUGUGGUGGGAGAUGACCACUUCACUGUGGAGAGACCCUCACUCAAGAACUUCCCCCCUGGGCCUUGUGACAGGUCAACCAUUUUCUUCAACAGUCACGACGUCUCUAAACCAGAGUCCUCUUCCCAUCUUACAGCGUUGGAUGAUACCAUGCCACGGCUGCCGCCUCCGAGUGACGAUGCCAUGGUGGCACUGGUGAGACAGCUGCGGGCAGAGCUUGGCAUGUCGCUGUUCGGGGUCGAUGUCAUUGUGAACCUCCACACACACACCCUCACCAUCAUCGACAUCAACAUCUUCCCAGGUUAUGAGGGAGUCCCCCAGUUCUUCUCUUCUCUCCUGAACUACAUAGAGUCCAUCAUGGAGAAGCAGGGACCAUUACUGCCUGACCGGAGUCCCCAGCCUUCUCAGCAUGAGGAGCAACGACCAACAGGGGGCUACAAAUCCUGACCUCGUAUUAUUCACUGUGGAAAUCUACAACCACAGAAGAACCAGUGGCAUGAUGAAAACUGACACCGAUUAAACACAAGAAAGUGCCAAGAGUUUGUGUAGCUGUGCAAGGCCACUGUUUACUUCAGCGGCUUGUCUGAGGAAGUGGGAAUCCGGUGUCAGCAUGGGAUGUGGUAUUUAUUUACUAAGAACAAGUGGAGGAGUCUUAAAUGGGCUUAAAUGGGCCUAAAUGGGCUUAAUGCCUGAUGGGCCUCAGGAAGGGUCUUCUGGUGUCUGAAUGUUUUAUGGGGGUUACUUUUGUCUUUGCUCCUGUUUGGGAAUGUUUUUGGGAGUGUAUUUGGGUAAUUAGGGAAGUUUUAGUAAACAUCCGUAGAUAUUUAGACAUAGUGUGAAUAGGUAUGAGGUAAACAAAUCAUAGACGCCUUUUAUGAAUUCAAGUUAUACUCUGGGCACUAAUUCAAUACUACAUGUAGAUGAGAAUGUAAAACAUAUAGAUGUCGUACUGUAAAUCUGAACUGGUCAACACACACCAUCAAUGAGACUGUGAGAUGUCGUACUGUGAAUCUGAACUGGUCAACACACACCAUCAAUGAGACUGUGAUAUCCACUGUGCUUUUAUUGACAGUCCAUUUAGCGUAAGACACAACAGGCACAAAUAACAACAGGCCCACCAGUGACCAGUGUAGUCACCUCUGCCCACCAUUUUACUUGUUUACUACAGGGGAGCCCUGGAAUAUAUAUAUAUAUAUAUGCUUCCACACAACACUCUCAUUCCCUUUCGUUUAAUAGUGGACAAUCAGCAGAAAAUUAACUGUUGUCUAGAUAGGAGGUGUCUAUAAGUGGUCAUAUAAUUAUUAUAUACAUUAUAAUUGCUUUGUCAUUCUCUGGACAUAAAUACAUUCAAUAGAUUAUACAAAGACACUGCAUGUAAGAUAAAAGUGGCAUUUUCCCUUACCCUGCUAUAGGAUUACGAGUAUAAUUUAACAGAAUA